AUGCGACCUGGCGUAUAUCAGUUCCUCGUCGGGUGCUUUGCAUCACUGGGCUCCUUCCUCUUUGGAUACGAUCUAGCCGUGAUUGCAGAAGUCGUAGCAUCCGACUCUUUCAAAUCCCUGUUCUUGCAACAAAACUCCGAUUCUCGAUCUGGCACCGUUGUUGCGCUCUUCACAGCAGGAUGCUUCUUUGGCGCUUUUGGAGCAGGUUUUACCGAUAAGCUCGGUAGACGAGGUACCAUUUUGAUGGCUUCGUGCAUCUUCGUUGUGGGCGGUAUCGUCCAGACUGCUGGCGUUGUCAUAGGCAUGUUGUAUGCUGGAAGGUUUAUCGCUGGUCUCGGUGUUGGGUUCUUGACCAUGAUUAUUCCAAUCUACCAAGCAGAGAUUACUCACCGUCGUAUUCGUGGCAAGGUCACUAGUCUCCAGCAACUCUUCAAUGCUGUAGGGCAGAUCUUUGCCAGCUGGACGGGCUAUGGUUGUUACCUUACAUGGGCGGGAACGGGUGACAGCCGUGAGUGGCGCAUACCGCUCGCUGUGCAGAUCAUCCCCGCUCUUUUCCUGGGGAGCUUGAUCUACAUGUUUCCUGAGAGUCCACGAUGGUUGUGCGACCACGAUCGAGCCGAUGAGGGUCUUCGUAACCUCGCGCUUCUCCAUGCUCACGGCGACAUUUCGGAUCCGUAUGUGGUAGCUGAGUUCGACCUCAUCCAAGCACAGAUUCAGGCGGAGCAUUUGGAGAAGAAAAAGACUUACUUCGACCUUGUCCGCGACUGGCCGAACCUCAGGCGAACAAUGCUUGCAUGCUUUAUUCAAGCCGAAUGUCAGAUGACGGGAGUCAGCGCGAUCCAAUACUUUUCACCUCAAAUCUACGCACAAAUCGGCAUCACAACGUCUCAAUCGUUGCUCUUCAAUGGAGUCAACGCCAUCAUCGCUUUCGCCGGCACAUCUGUAUGCAUCCUCGCCAUAGACCGAAUCGGACGACGGCCACUCGAGAUCUAUGGAGCAGGUCUCAUGUGCAUCACAUUCUUGGUCAACGCCAUUCUUAUCCAACAGUUCCCAGCAUCAGCUACCAACAAUGGAGCUCAUUGGGGUUUUGUUGCUUUGACGUGGGUAUUCAAUUUUGUCUUCUUCAUCACAUCCGGCCCAUUGUCAUGGGCGAUUCCGGCCGAGCUCUUUGGAACUGCGCUGCGCAUGAAAGGUGUGAGCGUUGGCGCGAUGACGAGUUUUGCUUUCAACACCAUGAUAGGACAAGUCACGCCUAUUGCCAUCAGCGCGAUCGGAUGGAAAUACUAUGUCGUCUUCAUUGUCUGCAAUUUUGUCAAUGGCAUUGUCUUCUGGGCGUUUUUGCCAGAAACCAAGGGACUCAGCCUCGAAGACAUGGACGAAAUGUUCUACAACAGUCCGACCUUUGUUCCCGGCAGCAAAUGGGUACCGCACUCUCAUCUGGAUGAAGAUGCUCACAGAAUAGCGAAUGGCGAAGAUUACGUGAAUGGAUUGGGUACGGCAAAAUACAAGGCCACUGAGGUAGAGCAUAUCGAAGGCGGUGCCUGA